AUGCAAAAAGAAAUAAUCACAUUUCAAAAAUCAGUGCAGUUUAACUCUGACUGGCAUGAUGAAACCACUAAAAAUUUCGAAGUCCUAUUUGAGCUCACAAAGCAAACCGACAGCCUCAAAUCGGAAAUUAAUAAUCUUAAACUACAAAAUCAACAAUUAAAUCGACAAAUGAACAUCAACGAGCAACGUGACCGAAUGCUAAAUGUUGAAAUUGUCGGCAUGCCAGAAUCAAUCAACGAGGACCUGAAUGAUACCAUCUUGAGAAUAUGUAAACACGUCGGAGUUAAAAUCGAUACAAAUGACGUUCUGCAGGUUAACAGAGUAUCCCCAAAAGUAAAACUGCCAGGUCGAUCCAGGGUGAUUAUUGCCAAAAUGAAAUCAAGGCUCCUGAAAGAUAACGUAAUAUCUCUAUCCCGUAAAAAUCGUCUAACCACUAAGGACAUUGGGCUAGCAGGUGAAAGCAGACCAAUUUUUGUCAAUGAGCACUUAACCUUCUCACAAUAA